GCGUCCGGCUGCGGUCACGUCCAACUGCUGCGAGUGUGUCGCCGCGGAACGAGAGCGAGAUCCGCGCGCUGUCAUGUUGAGUCCUGACAUGUGGACAGGACACGCUGAUCCAGACUCUGUCCCUGGAUGUUCGGAGCCCGGAGUUGAUGGGAGGUAAUCCCCACCAUGUGAGUGGGCGGUGCGGGUACCGGAGGCGUGUUUUGUUUCCUUUUUUUUUCUCCAUUAUUCAAAUGCUUGCUGUACCUAUAAAAACAGCGCCUGUGUGCGUCAGAUAGUUUUCUCCAAUGGGUAAAGGUGACUAAAUACUAGUUUGUCUCUUUCGCCGGCCCAGUCGCAUCCCAUCGUCUUGGGUGGUGGUGGUGGUGGGGGGGUGGAAAGAGAUGAUGCACGACUCCGGCGGUGUCCAAAUGGCGAGGGCGCUGAAGCAUGCGGCGCUGUGCCUGAUGCUGCUGCCCCGGUUCCUCCUGGCCGCCGUCAUGCUGUGGCUCCUGGAUUUCUUGUGCAUCAGGAAAAAAGUGCUGCUGAAGAUGGGGGAGAGGCAGGACGGCCCGGACGACCCGCCGGUGUGCGUCUCCGACUCCAACAAGAUGUUCACCUUGGAGUCCCUCAGGGCCGUGUGGUACGGCCAGAGGCUGGACUUUUUCAAAUCCGCGCACCUCGGACGCGCGGCGCCCAACACCGAGGUGGUGCUGGCGCAGGGGGGGCGGCCGGUCCGGAUCCUGGACUGCAUGAAAGGGAAGAGACCGCUCAUCCUCAACUUUGGCAGCUGCUCCUGACCGCCGUUCAUGACGCGCCUGGCCGCGUUUCAGCGCGUCGUGAGCCAGUACGCGGACAUUGCGGACUUUUUAGUUGUAUAUAUCGAGGAGGCGCAUCCGUCGGACGGCUGGGUGAGCUCGGACGCGCCGUACCAGAUCCCCAAGCACCGCUGCCUGGAGGACCGGCUCCGAGCCGCGCAGCUGCUGCUCAGCGAGGUGCCCGGCAGCAACGUGGUGGUGGACAACAUGGACAACUCGUCCAACGCCGCGUACGGAGCCUACUUUGAGAGACUUUACAUCGUGAGGGACGAGCGGGUGGUGUACCAGGGGGGCAGGGGUCCCGAGGGAUACCAAAUAUCGGGGCUCCGGGACUGGCUGGAGCAGUACAGGAGCGACCUGGUGACUUCCCAGACGCCGGUGCUCCAUGUGUAGCUGAGGAUGCUAAACCAGCCGCUGCUCUGCCCAUUCGGCCUCAGUGUCCAGCCCAACAGUGCAAACUACCAGAUGCUGCUAUCAAGUGUUCACACAGGACACUUGUUUAUUUUCCACGCGUAAAGACAUAAAGACAGAAACCGGACUCAUAGCCUGAAGUCAGGUUGAAGCCUCUCUCCAGGCUGUAGGCUGAUCUAUUGAUACAUUGAUAAAUUGACUCAUGUGUGCUUGUCUCGACGUUAAUUGAUUAAUUGCUUAUAGCGAUUUUAUUUUCUGUUUUUUUUUUUUGUAUGGAAAAGUCUUGGAUCAGUUGAAACUGGAUUCAAUAAGUAAUCACUCUAUUUUUCUACAGUGUGUGUGUGUGUGUGUGUGUGCGCGCGCGCUCAUGUUAAUAUCUCGCUCCUCUCACGGUGUUUCUAUGAAGGUCGGUUUUUAAAAGGCGCAGCCAGAGAACCGACACUGAUCUUUUCCCUGACACCGGGAGCGGGUCCAUAUUAACGGGGAAGUACUUCCUCCUCCAUGCGCCAACCCCAUGUGUGUAACAUGUUGACAACAUUGUGUAACUGAAAUUUUUUUUUUCUAAUAAAUGUCCAGAUCACUCAUCCAUCACGUGCUGUUGACUGUGGAACCAACACAAGUUCGAGUUCUUCCUUUGGUCUUUUAUUUUUUUUUUGUGUGGUUCUUUAUUGUGAAUAACAAUGACACACAAGGAAAAGUGAUGGAUUCAUGAAAGACAUUUGAGGGAUACCCAGUUUUGUGUUGUUGCACCAAAGUGCAGUUUUCAGUCUGUUUCAUAAUUGUUUAUAGGAUUUACUGUCUUCCCCCUCAGACUCAGGCCUAUUCAGGUCCAAGUGAUCCACCAUUGUAAAGUGGCUGCAUAGUAAUUUACAGCAGCAGUUUAAUGCUCCUUGUGACUCAUUAGUGAAGAAUUCAUGCUUAAUUAACCCACUUUCAGCCAAGACACACGCUUAAUAAGGGAGGCUAGAGAUAAAUGUUUGUGUCAAAGUGUGUGUGUGUGUGUGUGUUUAAAAGAGAAGAAGAGGGCCUUUCCGCGUUGUGUUCAGGGGUGAUCGUGAAUCAUGACACCGCUGCUGAUCGAGUGAAAAGCCAGAAAAGGUCAGAUUCUGACAGCUCAACAAACAAGUGCGUAUUCAAUGUCGGCUAUGAAACAUAUACAUGCUCAUCGGAGGGAGUGAGACACGUCACAUUGUUUUCUUCUGAGCGCCGAGAGGUGCGUCUUUAAUCCAUCUAUCUUUAACUCUUUCUCCCUUUGUCAUCAUUGCCACACACGCCCCUUCGCCUCCUCCCCCGUAAAGUCACUGUGUAUGUGCACCUACACAAGCAGGAAUUUACACACACAUGCACACACACACACACACACACACGAGACACCUCUGCCAUACACAAUUAGGAUUAGAGAGCAAUGUGAUCACUGAAGAUCCCACAUGGGCCUCCUCCCACUCCACCAUGUGCUUUUUAAAUGUGUUCAGGUCCAAUCAUGCCUCGUCUAAAAGUAUAAGCGUCAUGCCGGAGUUAGAGCAUUGACGACUGACUUGCCCGACCCCGGCCUCCUCUUCCUCGUCCUCACAACUCCUUCACUGUUUCAAAGAGCGAUAUGAGAGAGAGAGAAAAAGAAAAGUCUGUCCCCAUGUAAACCUCCCCCGCUGUCUAAAUCAAUUACAGGCCUUCAGGAGCAAACACAGUGUUGAAGUGAUAAAAAGAAAAAGGGUCGGUGAAUCAGUGAUGUCUGACCGAAGACCUUUUGAAAGUUUCUGUGGUGACCUGGCACUGAUUGAUGACGUGGGGGAAAAGGUCAGAGAACCUCAAAGCUGUGAUUCCCCACAUAAAACAUCUUCCUCGGGCACAAAUGGUAUCUUUAAAACGACAUUUCUUUGUAUCACAGCAACAAAAAAAAAUGCAAUUUAGACUUUUCACUGGCCUUGUUGCAGGAAUUUAACAGAAAUCUGUGUCGUGGUCUUCAAACAUGCCACAAACAAGACUGGGGGAAAUAAAACUUUAUGGAGAAAACUCUCAAAAGUGGCAGAUUUGUGAUGGAAAUAGGUGAAACCUUCUUAACCCAUCUGCUCUGAGGCAUCUCUGAAGUUUAUUUUUGUCCACUGUGGUACGCACUGUGUGUUGACGUAUGCUCACUACACACUUGAAUAGAAGACUGUUGAGAUGUACAGAAGAAGCGCCUGUGAUUAUGUUCUUUUUCUGUGCCGGGGCACUGACUCCAGGAGACGGCGGUUUCUUCGACAGCGACUCGCGAGUCACAGAACGUGACCGACAUGUGUCUGUUCCCUCUCGUCUGUGGUCUGAGCCCUGUCACAUUACAGAAACAACAUCUUGCCUUUUGGCUAAAUGAUCUGCCAACCUCUCCUCCCUACCACUGUCUUUGCUCACUAACUUUAUUUUUCCUUUAUUUCUUUUCUGUCACUAAUGUAAAAAAAAAAAGAAUAAUCCAAUACAGUAACAUUUUACUUAAGAACAAAUAACUGGAUUACUUUUAUAUGUGAUUGAGUAUUUUUCGUUUAGUGGCUUCUUCUGCAUUAUGACUGUUUUUGCUACCAUUACCUGCCUGUAAUUUUUCUUUCAGUUGUGUCUUCAUCGUGUCUAACGUGCUUUGCAUUUUGUGUCCAUCUUUCUCAAUAAAUCAAACAAAUGAUCA